AAAUGAUUCUCUGAAAACUUGCCCGAUCUUCUAGUCGCGCGAGAUCAAUGGGCACCGUCCGCUGGAGCGCGACACUAUCGGUUCUCGAGACAUUUGUUUUGAUCACGUGAUCACACUGGUGCUAGGGACUGGGCGAGAGACGUCAGUCAAGUUAGAAGAAAAGUAAAAUGGAUGCUGUUUGUUUUGUUUCUGGUGAUUAAGUUUCUGAAUUAAACUACGGAGGUCGUGUGUUUCGACAAAAAGUACUUUUAUUGAAAUUGUCUCUCGUUGAUAGUAAUUUAUUAUUACUAUUGAGAAAGCCAACAAUAUGGCAUCAACCUCAAGUGCUGCAGAUGCUGGAACAUCAUCUCAAGCGAAAUUUGCUGAUAGAAUGAAAAGAUUGAGAGAUCUUCAUAUCAAAAGGAAUGAAGCACGAAAACUAAAUCAUCAAGAAGUUGUUGAAGAAGAUAAAAGAAAUAGUUUACCUUCAAAUUGGGAGGCGAGAAAGCGCCGUGCGGAAUGGAUUUUACAGGAUGAGGAGAAACGCAAAGCUGCAGAUGAUGAGGGUAUUGAUUAUGAUCGUUCAAAACUUCUUGAGAUAAGUGCAAUGGAUGCUGAAAGACUAGAAAAAAAGAAGAAAAAGAAAAAUCCUGACCAAGGAUUUGCUGACUAUGAGCAGGCCACAAUAAGGCAAUAUAAUCGAUUGGUGAAAAAUAUGAAGCCGGAUAUGGUGCAAUAUGACAGGGAGAGAGAGAAACUUGGAGAAGCAUUUUAUGGCACUGCUAAUACCAUACUUCAUGGUUUACAUGAAGAUACUAAGGAAGGCAUAGAUCGAAUGGUGGAAGAUCUUGAAAAACAGAUUUCAAAACGUGAAAAAUACAGCCGUAGGCGCAUGCACAAUGAUGAUGCUGAUAUUGAUUACAUCAAUGAGAGGAAUAUGAAGUUUAACAAGAAACUGGAGCGCUUUUAUGGUGAACACACAACUGAAAUUAAACAGAAUUUGGAGAGAGGAACUGCUGUGUGAUAUGUGUAUAUAUGUCUGCAGUGUGAAUAUUUUGUACAUUUAUAUAGAUUCUGUGUAUAUUUCACAUUACAGGAUGAAUGCUCUUGUGACAGUUUGUUGCAAAUAAAUAAUACAUAAACACAUUUCUUAAUUUUUUCAGGAAUUCUUUAUUUUACAAUAUCACAUUUUUUAUUUUCAUGGAAGUUUUAUAUAUUUAAGUUCUUAUAUUCUACAGUUCUGCCGGUAAUGGUUCUCCUUGGAGUGCAGCAAUAAUAUUUUUUGCAGUCAAAAUACACAUGUCUUCCCUAGUUUUUGUAGUGGCACUUCCUAUGUGAGGUAUAAUCACUGCAAGGAAAUUAAUCAUUGGAAUUAGUAACGAUGAUAAAAGAGAAAGUGUGUUUCUCAUUCAAGCAGUUUUGCUAUACUUCCAACAUCCUUUCUUUGUCAGGAGAAUAAGUAAUGUAAUUGCGAGCCAAUUUUUCGACAGAAAAUCUUUUAUUCCUGGGCCCUCGUAACCAAAAAGUAAAUCUUUUUUUUUCUUUACUACUGUCUUGUCUAUAUAUUACAAAAAUGCAUAUCAAAGAUUGGUUCAGUUUCUAUGGGAAUUCUUGAGUAUAAUUUUGAAGGGUUUAAAAGAAAUGGCAUCUUUCAGUGUGAUGCACCCAAUAAAAUACUAGAGAAUAUCUGAUCUUUGAAAGGUAUUAGAAAAAGGCCCGAAAAAUCAAAUAUCCUUCGUGGUUACUAUAAACCACUUGUUGAAACAUGAAAUCAGACUAACAAAGUGCACAAAGUCUAUGAAGAACUUUUAUAUCUAAAAUUGUUUCAGUUUGUGAUGGUUUCUGUAGUAUAUUUAAUAAAAGAUACUGAUUUCAGUCUCGCUAUUGAAACAUUAUUUGAUACCUUGGUUUUAGUUAAAGGUGCAAAAAUUCUCUAAGAACUCAAAUCGAAAUACUGCAAAAAUUAAAAAACAAAAAGCAAGAGCCAUUUAAACGUUUAUAAAAUGAAAACUCUUUAAUUCAGAAAAUUUCUC